CUUGAUUGAUGCCGUUGUGACGUUUACUGUGUCGGAAAAACCAAACCCCUCUCCCCCCCCCCCCCCCUCAUCCCCCGUAUCGCCCGCUUAUACUGACGUGACGACCAGACCGAGAACGUGGUUCGUCGGGUUUCCUUCGGUUAAUUGCCGAGCGAGACACAAGGUGGCAGAGGCAUCAUCCUGGGUAAUUCUGGCCGUCUGUCUCCUCAUUGCGAAAUCCCUCAUCGACUUGUCUACUUGAAUCAGUAGAAACCAGCCCCCCACCCCCCAAGAAGGAAGCAAAGAAGCGCGGCUAUUCAUCGACCAGCAAGCAUCCUCUCUCACCAAGCCCCAUUCCCCGCGUCGCACAAAAGGAGACAAAGUCGCACCAAAUUUUCUUCAAUUCUUUUGCUAGAAUGGCGCCCUUCCAGACGUGGACGGCUGGGGAGCCCUACCUCAACCUGCACUGCGGGCUGGGCGAGGGCCCCUACUACGAGAAGGCGGGCAACGUCCUGCGCUUCGUCGACAUCAAGAAAAAGCAGGUCCACUUCGUCAACCUCGACCGGGGCCCGGAGUCGCUGCGGACGGUGCAGCUCGACGUCCCCGUCGGCGUGACGGCCGACAUCGCGGGCGUCGACCCGGCGGACAGGAUCCUGGUCGGCCUCAAAUACGGCGUCGCCGUGCUCGACGUCGCCACGGGCCAGUACGAGUACGUCGCCAAGCUGCACGACACCGACAACGAGAGGCUCAGGGCCAACGACGGCGCCGUCGACCCUCACGGCCGCUUCUGGCUUGGCAGCAUGACGGAUUUCGGAUUGGGCGACUUCCAGGCUGAAGGUGCCCUGCACCGCUUCGACGGCAAGUCAGCCAGGGAAGAGGUUCUCAGCGACCUCCUGAUCCCCAACUCGGUCGGCUGGUCCCCGGACGGCAGAACCAUGUACUUCACGCAUUCGACGGACCGCAAGGUGUACGCGUGGGACUACGACCCCACCAGCGGCGCGGUCUCAAACCGGCGCGUCUUCUACGCGCACGACGGCGCCGGCGAGCCCGACGGCUUCCGCGUCGACGCCGACGGCAACCUCUGGCACGCCGUGUACAACGAGGGUCGCGUCCUCAAGAUCUCGUCCGCCGGUGAGCUCGUUGGCGAGGUCAGGGUGCCCACUUUGGCCGUCACCUGCGUGCAGUUCGUCGGCACCGCCCUCUUCAUCACGACGGCGCAGCUCGGCGAGGACGACGAGGCCACCGACGAGCAGAGGACCCUCGGGGGCGCUCUUUUCCGCGUCGACGUCGGGGCCAAGGGCCUGGACCCGUUUGAGUUUAAGCUCUGAACGGUCCCCCCCCCCCACUGGCGGGGGUCACGAUGAGUCGUCACGCGGUAUUGCAUCUGAUACGAAGCUCGACGCCGACACCCUGCGAUGGAGACGCGGUUCGUGUAUGGAGUGAGGGGGUUGACGAGAGGUGGUUGGGAGGGGUGUGUGUGUGUGUGUGUGUGUGUGUGUGUGGGUAGGUGGACGACAAUGCCCACGGGAUCAACGGACGAGGCGAAGACGACGAUAAUGGGAACCGGCCGUAGAUGAUGAUGAAUGAGGAAUAUGACACGACACCGCUCUUUGCUUUACCGUGUGUUUGCCACCACGGUUCAAGUUCGUGUUUGCUGAAGGAUGGAUGGAUGCCUGGUCUAUUCUCAUUGUAUCGUCGUCAAAGACGCGCCCCCCUCCCCCCUCUCCCCCUGGUUCUCCUCCGCAGAAGCUUCCCGUUCGAGAACGCUCCCUGGGUUGACGGACCCAGAGAGUCCUAUACACCCUAGGUUCUCCCUCUUCUUGCGCUUCCUGCGCUUCACGAUAAUUCAAAUUGGGGGCCAUUCUGAUGUUGUCACGAUAGAGGACACCGGUUUGGGUUUGUUUUUUUGACUCAUGCACCUCCCCACCUCUCAUUCCUAGCUGUCUGGAAGUCGGUGAUACAUACCCCGUACUGUACGUGUACUCCAACUGCUUGCUGC